GAAAUGUAAUGUUUCGAAACAUGUGCCUCACUUUUUUCGUAAAGUUAACCAUGAAGUUUACAGGCAAAUCUGAAAGACUAAUGAAAUAUUUUUCUUUAUAAUUGUAAUUGGAACAUUUAGCCGCUGAUAUCUAAAAACUAUUGAGAUCAAAAGAUUUAUUUAAACGUGUAAUAAAACUCGUUUUAACAAAGAGCAAUAAAAAUGUGUGGCGUGUUAUGUGCAUGUCUCAAGGGGACAGCAAAGGUUGUGUGCUGUUGCUGCGAAUGUGCGCUGAAUAUGUUACUCGGCAUAUUUUGUUCCGUCAUAAUAUUAGCUGUCAUAAUCGGACUGAUCGUGUACUUUACAGUAUAUUACCACAAGGAUAGUUCCGAUGGUCAACAAGAAAAAUUGGUGCAGCAGCUUAUAACAGCUGCGCCUUUAACAUUUAAGGACUACUUCCAACAACAACACUAAAACUGAAUUAAAUUCGGUUUGAGACCAAUUUUUGGCUUCUGGAAUAACUUUAGUAUCAACCAGUGUUAUUGUUGUUAAAACUGUAUAUUUUUUAAGUUUAAUAAAUUAAAUAAAUAAUUUUAAACAUUUAUACAAGAGAA